GCGCCUUUAGUUUCGUACUUUCGGCCGGCCGCUCCCUCUCAAACAAAACCACUUCCGCUCCCUCCUCCACACCCACACUGUCGCUCCUUUCAAUUCCGCUCCCUAUUCUCGUGUGUGCGUGCCCGACAAUUCCCAUCGUUUGACCACAACACAAUCAUUAUCCAAGACGACGACGAUAACGAUACCAUCACGCUCACUUGCCCGGUCGCAUCCCGACCCUCUAUUUCCGUUCUUGACCAUCGUCCACAAGUCACACUAACCAUCUCGGCCCGCUCCAGCACCGUCGUCGAGUCAUAGUCUUCCUUCGACCGACAUCGAUUGGAACAAAGGCAAUGUCCAACCACUCGUGACCUCGUCAACCAUCAACAAGGAAUACCAAGGAAUCCGCAAACAAAGGGAACAACAGGAGACAAGAAGAAGGGGCCAGCACCACUCCUUAUCAUCAGGCCUUUGAAUUCCGCUUCAUUCAUAUUCAAUUCGACACGUAGGAGGUUAAUUCCUUCCUUGUCCUUUUCAACUCCAAACCGCCAGGACUCUCGAAGGGUCCUGCGUUCAUUGCGUUUGACCCAACCUCAAGCACAAUCAGCACUCGAGGACAACGACAAGAACCCGACGACGACCUGAUUGCUCGACCGUUGCCGUUACCCACGACUUGUUAUCGUCACAUCAAGACCUCGAAGGCCUUCAACCGUACACCAUGAAGUCGAUAUCGGUACUGGUAACGGCUUUCGCCGCCAACUGCGCCAUUGCGACAGCGCAUCAACCCUUGGGCUCACUAUUCGUCAGAGACGAUCCACCAUGGCCGACAAUCGAAAAAGCCGCCUUUAACCAAAAUACCUACCACGGCUGCUUCAACGAUUCAGGCACCUUGAAGCUGAACACCACACGCAUGAACACUCAACAAAUGAUGAAUUUCGGCAAUGGUCUAGAGAAGGAUCUCGGUGUGUCGAGUGGUCUCUGUUUUCAAUGGUGUAAGGGCAACCAGACGACCGUUGCCGCGAUGAGUCAAGGAGAUCAGUGUUGGUGCGGUACCGAAUAUCCGCCAGUGUCGGCCCAGACCGACAUAGAAAAUUGCGAUAUCACAUGCUCGGGCUAUAACUUGGAGUAUUGCGGUGGUGCCGAUACGUGGAGCGUCUACAACUUGGGCGCUCCAACGGUUGUGAACUCAAAGCCUAAGACCUCCAGCACCAGCGCAGCACCAAGUUCAACAACUUCUGCGGCCAAGACGUCUAGCAUCUCAAGCGCUGUAUCCGCAUCGACUGUCACCACUACCGAAUCAGUCUCGUCCGACGAUUCCAAGAAGGGAAAGAGCAACACGGCCGGAAUCGUGGCAGGCACCGUGGUGGCUGUCGUUGUCGUCUUGUCCGCGGUUGGGGGUGUCUUCCUCUUUAUGCGUCGCAAGCGGAACAAGGAGAUUGAGGAUGAGCAUCGACGCAACGCUGCCGUCAAUGCUUUCGUUGGCAAGCCGCCCAGCACCAGCGAUGGGAUGUCCAUGGCAGACGCCCGACUCGACCCUGUCCUCGUGCAGAGGAGAUUAAGUGAUGGCAGUAUCGCCGACAACCAAGACUACUCCAGGAGGAUCCUUCGCGUUACAAAUGCAUGAUCAAGUCACCAGUCGACGACAACAAAAAGACUUGCCUGUAUUAUACACUUUCAUCACAUCCGCAUACUCGGCGUUAGGGAAACAUUUCGGCUUAUUACUGGUAGAUCGAUCACACGAACGAAAGCUCCUAGGCAGGCAAUUCUUGGCACGAGAAAGGCGGAUCAUUCGGGCACAAAGUGGGUGUGACCCUUGAGAAUCUGCCAGCCUCAGCGCUAUUCUCUCCUUUACUCCCUUUUAGAUAUCAGCCAGUUCGGUCGUCCUUAAAUGAACGACUCCUUUCCCUUGCUUGAGAAUUUGCCUGCCUGACGGGCGACGAUUUCGGUUCACCAGCACAAGACAGGAAUGGUUUUCCACCCGCUGGCUUUUACCGAGAUGUUUAGCCGAGGUGUGUUGCGGGAGUAGUUUCCUCCUUGAGCUGGGCCUCCUAUCAUUCGCUGGUAUGCGUGUUUUCUUAAGCUUUGGGUUUUGACUGGAGUUAAGAAAUUCCCUUCCCAUGAGGAAACGGUCUCUAGUAAUGCAUUUCCGUACGUUUAGGCACGCAGGACCUAUCCGAUCUUGGAGAGAAAGCUGGCUUUAGACACGGAUAAUGGUACCUCGAUUUCAAGAGUAUACGGCGUUGUAGUUUUACACCAUUCAACUGCUUUUCUUGCCUAAUCUCCCGCUCUUAUUUUGGGAAGGACACGACGAAGAACCGAACGGGUGGGAGAAUGUUACUGCUGGGCACACAAAGUAUAUCACACCAUGGUUGAUACACUUAAGCUGGAUGCGAACUAGAGGGAAAGAGACGCCAAGUCCUUACACAUCCUUCUUUGGGCGAAGGGGAAAAAAUGGAAGAUUGUGGUUUCCAGCUCUUGUUGUUCAUGGCACCGUUGUUGCAUGGGGCGUGUCGGGUGUGGUUCUUUUUUCGGUUUGCUUGGUUCUUUUUUCUAGUUGCUUUAGACAGUAGUUGUUUUAUUUUGAGAUAUCCCCUCCUUUGACAUCGCGCGCUUGACU